AUGAACGGCAUUGGGAAGACAGCCCAGUGGCUGCGCGACUGCUGGACAGACCGAUUCUCCCACAAAUUCCAACCCAAGAGGCCUCCCCUCCGCAGAAUCACCUCUUUGCCCAUUUUCUACCAGGUGGACUUUAAAACCCGGCAGACCGAAGUUGGUUUAGAUUAUGGCCCUCCUCGAGCUCACCUGAAUGAGGCUAAACUUGUCUUCCGGGAAGGGAAGUGGGAAGAUGAGAACAGCUCCUCUGCGGAGCGAUCGGGGCUGCAGUCACCCCCUUCUCCUUGGCGGGAAAAGACCAGUGAGAUUCAGAAAAAGAACAAAGCCCUUUUGGAAGAAAACAAUUACCUGAAGCUGCAGCUUGAGCUUCUGAUGGACAUGCUGAUAGAAACCACAGUUCAGCUUCGCCUGUUGGAAAAUGAGGGGCAGGUGUCAGGCAGGCGCCUUAGGACAAAGAAAACAGGUAAAUUGCUGAUGCUUGCCUAG